CCCCGCCAUGCGCCUCGCUGCCCCGCUCCUCCGCGCGACACCCCUCCUCGCCCGCCCCCUUGCGCGUUCGCGCCCAACGCCGCUACCAAUGCUCCGCACGCUCGCGACGACCGCGGCGCGCAAUAAUGCCGCCGAGUCGAGCAGUGCCAAGAAGAGCCUGUUGACGCUCGGCGAGAUCGACCGGCUGCUGAAGCAUAUCGAGGGCGACUCGGGCAUCCAAAAGCCCCAGCCGAUGCUGAUGCGCGCACACCCCGUGCCGUGGAUGCAGAGCGACUCGUCCCCCGACCUCCGGCCCUCGGACGACAGGUGCGACCAGGUGCCCCUCACGCCCAAGGAGCAGGAGGAGCUCCUCCGCCCGCGGCACAUGAGCGAGAGUUACACCGCCUUUGACCUGCCGCUGGCGAGUGAUCCCAAGCUGUACGACCGCUACGUUAACACGUCGGGCGGGUUCCGCAUGGGCAAGCUCCUCGAGCACCUCGACUCGCUCGCCGGCGCCGUGUCCUACCGCCACUGCCUCCCAGCCAACAUCUACGACGGCACCUCGCCCGCCGAGAGCUUCCACCACGCGGCCAAGCGCGCAGGCCUGUACCUCGCCACUGCGAGCGCUGACAGGCUGGACAUGUUUGGGCGGCUCAACCACCAGAACGUGCGCGACCUCAAGUUCUCCGGCUUCGUGACAUGGACCGGCACGUCGUCGAUGGAGGUCUUCGUCAAGAUGGAGGGCACGCGCCCCAGCGAGCCGGGCAAGAGCGAGACGCUCAUGCUGGGCAGAUUCGCCAUGGUGUGCCGCGACGCCGUGACGCACAAGGCGCGUCGCGUGCCGCCUCUGAUUGUCGAGACGCCGGAAGAGAAGAUGCUCUGGGACUUUGGCCAGGAGCACAAGGACUCGCGCGCCGCCUUCUCCCAGAGCUCGCUCGACAAGAAGCCCCCGUCCAAGGAGGAGGCGGCAGAGGUGCACUCGCUCAUGAUUGAGGUUGCCAAGAACAACGAGGAGCUGAACGGCGAAAAGAUUGUGCAGAUGCGGGAUACCGAGAUCCAAUCCGUCCAGCUCAUGUUCCCCCAGGACCGCAACCUGCACGGCAAGGUGUUUGGUGGUAUUCUGAUGCGCAUGGCUUUCGAGCUCUGCUUCACCAACGCCGCCAUGUUCGCCCACGAGCCAAUGCACUUCCUGUCCCUCGACCAGAUCACGUUCCGUCUCCCCGUGCCUAUCGGCGCGGUGCUCCGCCUCACCUCCAAGGUUAUCAAGACGACGCAGCCGGUCGACGGGCAGGACGGCGAGGCUAGGGCGCAUAUCCGUGUCCGUGCCGAGGUCGAGGAGGUCGAGACUGGCCUACGCCGCGAGACCAACACAUUCUACUUCACCAUGGCCAAGAACGACCGCAAGCCGAUUGGGCGCACCGUCGUGCCAAAUACGUACAAGGAGGCGAUGGAGUACCUCGAGGGCGACCGGCGCCUCGACAUUGGCGAGCAGGUGCGUCGGCUGUACCGCGCCGGCGGGCUCGAGGGCAAGUAGGUAGUGUGAGUUGUAUGUUGGUCGGUCGGUCGGCGCGACCGAGUCACCCGCUGCAUGAGGCACUGGCCUGGCCGCGGCAAUUGAACAAGUGUACAACAUGGCAGUGUAUGCAGCAGCAUCGACGCGUGUGGCCAGGGCCGGGGGGAGGGUGGGCGGUGGG